UUUUUAAUUUUAUUAUAAUUUCUCCUUGGCUUCUUCCCCUUCUCUUCUUCUCCUGAAUUUGCUCAAAUGGAGACAACAGAAAUCUAAAUCUCUGCAUCUUGUUAUAAGCAAAGCUGUUUCUUGCAUUGCUGAUCAAAAGUUUUACAUUUUCUUUUAUUUUUUCUGAUCGUCUUUGCUUCGUGGUGUUUCUGUUCAUGUUCUUCAGCAUCCAUGCACAGUUGCCCCAGUUUUUGAUAGCUGGGCAUUUACCCAAGUAGAUGGAUCAGAUAUACAUAAAUGUUUGGGAUUUUCUUCGGAUUAAGUUGAAUACUUCCCCUACUGGAGUUCUACCGGAGGUGUUACAGAUACUUCUGGUUGCUUGUAGAUGAUAUUGGUUGAUUGCAGCUUAUAGAAGCUGCCUCAAAGCAUGUCGAUCAUCUUCCAAUUGAUGCUUAGUCACUUGUACCAUGAACAGUGGGCAUUUAACAACCUCUUAUAUUUCAUGCUACAGUUUAGCAGUAAUCUCCACUUACAAUCAAGUGAAAGGUACUGCAAUGCCUGUGUAGAGAGUUUUUUCUGGAAACUGCUAGAAGUUCACUGAAAAAUUGCUGACCUUAUACUGGAUAAGAAUCUAAUAAUGGAAAGGUAUAAAGUUAUAAAAGAGCUUGGAGAUGGAACCUGUGGAAGUGUAUAUAAGGCACUUAAUCUAGAAACUAAUGAGAUUGUUGCUGUCAAGAAAAUGAAGAGAAAAUUCUACUUUUGGGAGGAAUGCAUGAAUUUACGUGAAGUUAAGUCCCUCCGUAAGUUGAAUCACCCAAAUAUUGUCAAGUUGAAGGAGAUUGUUAGGGAAAACCAUGAACUUUUCUUCAUCUUUGAAUACAUGGAAUAUAAUCUAUACCAGAUCAUGAGAGACCGUCAAAGCCCAUUUUCAGAGGCAGAGAUACGGAAUCUUAUGUCUCAAGUGUUACAAGGACUUGCAUAUAUGCAUAGAAAUGGAUAUUUUCAUCGUGACCUAAAACCUGAGAAUUUGCUGGUGACGGAUGACACAAUAAAAAUUGCUGAUUUUGGACUGGCAAGAGAAGUAACAUCAAGACCACCUUAUACUGAUUAUGUUUCCACACGGUGGUACCGAGCUCCAGAAGUCUUAUUGCAAUCUUCAUCAUACACUCCUGCAAUUGACAUGUGGGCCAUUGGUGCAAUACUAGCUGAACUUUUCACAUUUUGCCCUAUUUUCCCUGGUGAAAGUGAGACAGAUCAACUGUACAAAAUAUGUUGUGUUCUGGGGACCCCAGAUUGGACUACUUUGCCUGAAGGGAUGAAUGUUUCACGGUUUGCUAAUUUCAGCAUUUCAGAGAUCAUGCCUGUCAAUCUUUCAGACAUCAUUCCAAAUGCCAGCUUGGAAGCAAUUGACUUGAUAACGCAACUGUGCUCUUGGGACCCACUAAAGAGACCAACUGCUGAGCAAGCGCUACAACAUCCUUUCUUCCAUGUGGGAAUGUGGGUUCCUUAUCCACUGCAGGAUCCUUUUCAGUCAAAGCCAAAUGACAUGGCAGUAGAGCCAAAGCUGGAGUUGAAUCUAUGGGAUUUUGGGACUGAACCAGAUGACUGCUUUCUUGGCUUGACAUUGGCUGUAAAGCCCAGUGUUUCUGACAUAGAGAUGGUCCAUCAGGUCUCCCAAAAUUCCAGAGAGGAAUUACUCUUGUGCUCUGGUUUCCAGGAACGUUCAGAUCAGACAGUCAUGUGGCCCAUACCGUCUCUUAAUCAAACUGGAAAUGUACCAGUGAAGUCUUCCUUGUCUUCAUCCUAUAUUGUCAACAGUCAAAUUUCUUGUCCAACAAUUGGAGUUCCACAGUCAGCGGGAUUCACAAUUUCAUCUAUGCAGCCUAAUCUCCUUGAUCGACCAUUGGUGGCCGUCUCCUCGCCCUUCCAGCAGAGUCACUAUCUUUAAGUGAUUGUUGUAAAUUUACUUUUUUUUUUUUUUUUAUUUCUUUGGGUAGGCGGGGAGAAGGUUGAUUUAAAAAUGCAUUCAAAAUUCAGAGAUUAUCAACCAUUUAAAAUGAUGAUCAAAUAAAGAGGAAAACAAGCAGAUAUUUUCUGUAUCUUUACCUUUGCUAGUAAUGUUUUCUCAGAGCUGUUGACAAGCGUUUGGCGGGA